AAAAAAAAAAAAAAACCAACAAAAAACCCCACACCCUUGCCAACCAUCGUUCUCAAGCAGAAAUGAAAGACUAGGAAAAGAACGAUCAGAAGACAAGAGCGCAAUACCUCAGAUAAGGAAGCUGGGGCUCGGAGGAGUAUCUGCUUCCUGCCAAGGCCCCCAGGUAGAAAGUGACAGAUCUUCUGGCCCUCCGUGAAGUGGGUACCCAAGCAUCUUGCCCAAGACGAGACAAACCAGGUGGUAUCAGUUGGGAUUCUUACGCCACCACGAUGAGGACCGCCUUCACACCCAAGAUGGGAGAGGUGCCUGCUUUAAUUCGUCAAAAAAGUACCAGAAGAUUUGGAUAUGCAUACUCACUUAGUGAUCCCAUUCCCAAUCAGACACAGUACAACGAUGAGUAUGUUUGGAAAGCAUAUUCGAAAGAAGAUUCAGUCAACACUAGGACUUCAAGAGGCGUCAAGAGGCAGAAAUUUCACCCCAGUCAAGACCUCUUUGUCUGGACACUACCUCAAGGUCCACCCACAGCAUCAGUGAAGAGCUACUUCCCUUGGAAAAUCGCUGCUUCAAUGGACGAGGUUAGGAAGGCAAUAUCAGAUCAGUUUACUUCCCAGACAAGAAGAGACUUUGUGGACAGAACGACAGCUCAGAAGAUUAAGCAACAUUCUCAGAUGUUUUCGGAAUGGAAAAAAUUACUUCCCCAUCCUGCAGACACUGAAUUUCGACGAAAUUACCAAAUUCCAGCUAAAAUUCCUGAACUUCAGGAUUUUAGUUUCAAAUAUGGAUGCUAUUCAAGCCUACCCAUUGCGUCUAAGGGUCUAGUCCCUUCCGUGCUGCACAGCCUCAUGAGGAACCAAGAGCGCACAAAGAAGCAGACCACAUACCAGAGUGAUUACGGGAGAGCCUGUCUGGAUUUCUUAACAGUUUUGAACUCAUUUACUCCCUCUCAAAUCACAGAGUACCUUCAGAGAGUUUCCCACAAAGACAGACAGAUUCUUGAUCGCUUUAUUUGCUCUCACUAUGAUGUUGACAAAGGGAUGGAUAAACAAGGAAAACAGUGCAAAUGAAGAAAAUCUGAAGAUAACUGGCUUAUUUUUCUCAAUAAUCAAGGAAAAAUAAGAUCCGGAUUGUUCUAAAAUUUCAUCAUGACUUUGUGUAAUUUUGUUUUGUUUUCUUUUUAAACAAUAGGAUCGUUUAAGUCUGCAAAUCAUCCCCUCCCACCCCCAACAUAACUUUAACUGUAUCCAAUAAGUUUUUUCCCCUUUUUAUUUUGUUUUUUAGGGCCGCAUCUGCAGCAUA